AUGAGCGCCGCCACGGCUCUGCGCCGCGGCGCGGCCGCCAUCCCCUCCCUGGGCGCGCGCCAGGAGCUCGGCACCCUGGCAGAUCGAUUGCUCUCGUGCGCCUCGGCCGGCCCCUCGCACGCCGAGCCGAUCAAAAAUUUGGUGUCGAUUUGCGUGCGGGGAUGGGCGAGGGGCCUUGGGAGCGGGGGAUGCAUCGGCCGCGGGAGAGCGGGUGCAUCGGGAUUGUUGGCCCGAGCGCGUGGGGCAGUUCCAGGCGGUUGGGCAGGCGGGAGUGCGGGCGGGGUGGCUGUUGAUCGGCGAGGUCGAACGGCCCUGCCGUCCUUUGCUCGGCAGCUGGUGAGGGGCCUGAGCUCGAAACCUCCAAGAAAGGGCUGGGAAAAAUUCUAUCCAAAAGGGAAGCCCCAGCGAUCCAAAGGGAAUCAAAGUAAAGGAGUCCACAUGCCGCCCACAACCCAGCGGAACUGA